CUUACUGUCAACGUCAGUCUGAAUUUCUGACUCAUUACGAUUUUACCUUUAAAAUCUGAAAUAAAUUACUUUUGAAAUCUAAAUUAAAUUCCGUAAAUUAGUCUAGCCAUGGCUUAUUUAACCCAGCCAGAUUAUGUGAAGUAUGCUUGCUCUUGUGGUCAGAUCAAACCGAUAACAAGCUUGUAUUUUUGUCGCCACUGCUUGCAGAUACGCUGCGGCUUUUGUAUAUGCCAUGAAGUGGACUCUCAUUACUGUGCCAACUGUCUGGAGAACAUGCCAUCAUCAGAAGCAAGGCUGAAAAAGAACAGAUGCAGCAGUUGUUUUGACUGCCCCAGUUGCUUCCAUACACUUUCUACAAGGGCCACACUGGCUCAACCGCGGCAAACUCCGGAACAAGGAUCCGGUGACUCUAAAGUGGAAAAUAAACAAGCCAAGAAAAUGUACUACCUGUCCUGUUUUAACUGUAGAUGGACAUCAAGGGAUGUUGGUAUACCAGACCAGCCUGUAGCCUCAGGUGGUUGGCCAGAGAGAGUAAAUCCAAAUGCGACCCGCAUAAACCAACUCCUUGACUACUAUAAGGCCAUCGCCCAGCAGGAAAAGCAAGAAAAAUUGGACAGGGAGCGGAAAAAGUUUGCAAUCAGAGGAAAAUACAUUACUCUUACUGAUAAAACUGGUUUAACUGGUGCAAUGGCUCGGAACAUAGCCGGCCUACCUUCCAGUGAGAGUACAAUGUCUGCAAUAGCCAACUUUGUGCCGAGUGAGGCCUCCGCUGAGGUUGAAGAGUUAUCAGAGGAUUUCUACACUAAGGAACUGAACUUAAAUCAAAUAACGAGCAUGCCACAGCGGCUUGCUGCUCCGGAGUGGCAGCCGAGCAGCGUGUCACGCCUGUAUCCAAUCGCUAAGCUGCUGAGCGUGAAGCGCAGUCAGCGCUGCCGGGCCUGUGACCACAACCUCACCAAGCCUGAGUACAACCCAGGAUCUAUCAAGUUUAAAAUUGAACUCCUCGCAUUCUAUCAUGUGCCGGAAGUGAAGAUAAUAUCAUACGAGCCGAUAAAGCCGGGCUGCACGUCUGCGCUGCUGCUGAAGCUGACCAACCCGACCGGUCACGAGAUGCAGGUGCGUCUGCUGCAGCCCGAGGAGGUGCCCGACACUGAGGACAGGCUGGAGGAGCCCAAGAGUCUAGAGAAGUCGCUCGAAAAGUCGCUCAAUUUGGAAAAAGACAAUCUGUGGUACGAGACGGUGCAGCGCAAGGCGGACGUCACGGCGACGUGUCGUGUGGUGACGCCCGACGUGACGUUGACGUUGGCGCAGCGAGACGACGCCGCGGAGUACGACGACGACGCCACGCACGAUGCCAACGAUAUAAUCCUGUGGCGCAAGUCCAACAAGCUGGCGCUGCGGCUGCAGGUGAGUUGCGGCGCAGAGAUGGGUGCGGGCAGUGCUGCGGAGGCGGCGCUGGCGCUGCAGUACCGGUACCGCAACACCGUGCCUGCCGCACACGAGCCGCGCGACCACACGCUGCAUGCCACACUGCUGCUGCAGCUGGGACAUGUCUCUGGGUAAACUAACUCUGCUGUCCCACUAACACGACUAUUUUUAUCUUGGUUUAACUCUUUUCAAAUAUUAUGGCGGUCCAAAGUCAUCGGCGCGCUGCCCAUUAUACCUAAUAUUGUGUUCUGCGCAGCGAUUGCAAAGUUAAGAGCCGCUAAGAUAUAUGAAAGCAAUUAUACAUGAAAAGGAUUUCGACUAGAACGGCCAUGACCUAUCAUAAUCACAGUCCUUAGCGGCUAGAGACAUGCAGUCACAGUGGAAAAUGGGUGUAACUAAUGUUACUCUACAUGCAGAACAAGCUUGUAUGGGAAUGUUUGAUUUAAUUGAAAACUAAAUAGUAAUACAGGUGCUUUCAUUAUCUUUUUAUAAAAAUUAAUGAGAAAAGUAGCGCUUGACAUCAAUCAAACUUAUUGGCAAGGUGAUGUCUAGAGAUAGUAUACAACUCUAGUUUAGUGGCAGUCUAUACAUUCUUCUCGGGUGAAUUAAUUAUUGAAAAUGUAUGUAAUUUUAUUCCUGAUGUCUCGAAUCCAUAUGCACUAGUCUGAGAAUAAACUCCAUAUGUAAAAUUGUUUAUGAAAUAUUAAACAAAGCACAAUAAUUUAUAUUUAACAUUGUAACCGUAAAUUCAGUUCAAUUAUACAAUACUUUGUGUAUUUUAAUAAAUUUAUUGUUGAAUUAAAAUUAUUGA